AUGUUUGACAAGGUUUCUUUUCCUUAUCCUUGUUCAUCCUCAAAAUCUGGUUGUCUUGCUUCUGCAGUUGAUAAUGGCUACACCAUUAGAAUUGAAUCAGCUAAAAGUAAUGUGGUUCAGGAUCCUGUGUCACAAAUGUGUACAGUGCAACUGAAAGCAGAUGGUCCGGUUCUAGAAAAGAGAUUGUUUGAUGCCAUUUCUGAUUCGAGACACCAAAUAGAUUUAAAUAGAUGUUAUACUGAAGAAGAAACUGAAAUGACUGCCGCCUCUCCAAUUAUGAGAACUGAAGCUGUGAUUGAUUUGGAGGAACCAGUGAUAAUUGAAUCAGAUAUAUAUGGGGAAAAUCUAUGCAAAGCAAAUGUAAGGAACCUCUUGACUUACCUCAUGAGGGCCUUCUCAGAGUUGCAGCUGAGGCUCUAG